CAGAGUUUGAUUCUUUCAGCUGACUUAAUGGAAAAUAAUGAGGAUCAGCAAUUGGUUUGGUCAAAGCAGUUAAACAUUUUCACUUCAGUUCACAAACUUAUCAACAAACAACUUGCUUGCCUUGGAGAAACCAUUGAGCAUGAUAUAACAAAUCUAUCCCUGCCACCUUUCAAGAACAUCUACUUGCCACACAUGUCUCUACUGGUUAAAAUCAGAAUGAGGAUUGGUCGAGUCUUGACUCUUGAAGCUUGUUCUACAUCUGACUCAUCUACUACCCUGUCCGAGUUGUUGCCAAGUUUGAAUCUAUACAAAACAGCAUUACAAGUGUGUAGAGGGGCCUCAUUUCGAGAAUAUGACUUGGAAGCAGAAUUGCUUUUCCUAAAAGGUAAGACAGAGCGCCUGAUGUUUCUCCUUGGAGACCAUGAAAAAUCCACAGCCAUCAAAUCCUUUUCUGAGGCUAUAAAUGUGAGCAGUAAUUAUGAUCAUAACUUUAGCUUGAUAAGAAAAGCAUACCUAGAAAUUGCUCUACUAUAUAUUCACAUGUCCAAUCUGGAUACAAACAAAAAUACUAUAACUCUUAGAAGCAUGAAAACACCAGAAACUCCAACAUCAAAAGGGAAGGCAGCUAAAGUGCUGGCGAGAGACGGUGGUGAAAAAGCACUGAGCCCAUUGGAGUUCUACAGAAUGCUGGCAUGGAUUGCAAUACGAGCUGCUACACAGGUGGGUGAAGCCGCGUUAGCAUAUAAGCAGCUGAUUGGAGAAAGCAAUGUUACUGUGCAGACUAUUGAUUCCCAAUUACAUCAGGACAUACCAUCAUUUGCUUGUAUAGAUCUACUAGCAGAUUACAAGGAGUACUUGCCAGGUUGUCAAAACUACAUCGAAAAACAGGAAGAAAAUGCAGGAUACUGUGCAACAGGAAAGCGUAAUCUUUCCAUAGGAGAGCUGUCCUGGGUACAUAUCGUCCGCUAUCAGAAUCACCUAAUGAGGCUGAAGAAUAUUCUCAGCCUGACAGGUUUUACAGAGAAAAAUGAUGGGAAAGUGUUUGCUCGUGACACAAUGUACACGUCUGUUUUUGGUAUUGGGAUUACAGCACGAUAUGCAGAGAUGCACUUAUUUCUCAAGAAGUAUCUUUAUUCUUACUCCACCUGCUGUGUGAUUGACUUCCCUGCAGAACUUCUCUGGGGACUGGAACACAAGUCAACUGUAUUUCACAUUCCAUCUAAGGAAAAUUUAGGAAGUAAAGAAUUUCAUCAGAAAACACCCGAGUCAGUGAAAUCUACUUGCAGCAUGUCAGCAGAUAGCAAAGCAGAAAGUGAACAAAUAGCAAACAAAUGCUUUAGACAAGGAGCUUUGUAUGCAGUGGUAUUCUCCACCCUUGGAGAGGUCGGGACACGUAUAUCCUAUGGUGUUGCUAUUGUAUGCCUACAACAAGCAAAAUAUAAAUGCUCGAGACUUUAGAAAGUGUGAUCCAAAAGAGCUUCAGUGUGGCUACAUUGGAAUUCCUUUGUCACGUGUCCUGUCACUGCAAGAGAAGUUAAGUAUUCUAAGGCAGAAGGCGGAACUCUCUCUCCAUCCUGUACCUGAUGUCUCCGGAGAACAGCCGAAAAGGUCUACUCAUACUGCUAAAGAGAGGCCUGACAUCAAACCAGUCAAGAUCCCUGAAGAGUUACAGACAGUGAUUUUGGAAUGCUGUACUGAAGCUCAGUGUUUGCUGUCUUCUGCUUCUGAUCCUCACACAGUAACUCAGGCUCCAUUUGACAUCACUUUGCCAUCAUUAAUCAGGCUGGAGAGAGUUUUUGACCUGACUCACGGCUGUAUGUUAAUGAAGGGAAGCCUGUUAGAUUGGGUAGUGUCACAGUUUACCUGA